CUUCGAUGCUCUACUCAUCAUUGAAUCAAUCCAUUAGAUCACCUUGAUCACCAUCUUAAGACGUCAUAUAAGUGAACUUUACCUUUUUCGUUAACAUUAUUUUCUCCAAAACAGUUCGUUGUUCAACUUUAAGACUCUACGAUAAGGGCUGCUGAAAAAGACAGGAGUUGCAGAUGAUGGAUACGUCCAAAAUUCAAUCAUGUAAUCCAAUGCAAAUUUUCGUUAAAACCUUAACUGGCAAGACCAUCGCUGUGAUGAUUCAACAAUCUGACAACAUUGAGGGAUUGAAAGCCAAGAUCCAAGACAUUGAAUCGAUACCACCACAUCAGCAGCGUUUAAUUUUCGCUGGUAAACAGUUGGAAGACGAACGCAUUUUAUCUGAUUACGACAUUCAGAAAGAAUCAACCAUUCACUUGGUGCUGCGUCUCUGCGGUGGCAUGAAAAUAUUCGUAAACAAUUUGGGUUCGGAUAUCUGUUUGGACGUCGAUCCGUCAGAUACAGUAUGGGACGUAAAAUGUAAACUUAAAAGCAAGCAAGGAAUUCGUCCAUCGCAGCAACAAUUGAUGUACCAGAAUGAUUGUUUGGAUGACAAUCGUCUUUUAUCGGAUUACAAUGUGCAUGAAAAAGCAAAAUUAGAUUUUGUACUGAACGUUCCGUCCAGUGAAAAAGCGCACGAAGCCCUUUUCGCAUUAACCGAUUUCGUUGACUCGCACUCCUUCUGUAAAGAACACGUAGCCAAUAUACUGAAAGCGAAUGAGAAAUUAAAAGAAGCGGAAAUGAAAAUGAAAAAGCUGUUGGAGCAGAGUACGAAAGAAAACUUAGACGCGAAACAUAAAAUCAAAAAUCUGGAAUCCAAAAUGAAGUCGCAACAGAUCGAAAUAAACGAAGUGCGAGCGAGGAAUCGUAAUUUGACGGAGAAAUCGACAAAACCUUCCAAGUUCGAGAGAAUCAAUCAACUUUUACUGGGGAAGAAUAAGAAAUCUAAAAAGGAAUUUGAUGAGUGACAUUUCCGAGGACGUUUUGCUUAAAACAUUGUAAGAAUUGUAACAUACCUUUAGCAAUAAAAAAUGUAAAAUUUU